UGUCUAGAACUUGAAUGCCAGAAGCAGCCUGACACAAACAAAGGAGGAGCGAAGAGAGAUGAUGGCAAGUGUCAGCAACAUUGCUUUCCCUUCGCUAGUUGGAGUUCCUUUAGAUACGCAUGCACUUUCAAAGCAGAUAAAGAAUAAAGCUUCUUGCGGUUUUAGGCUUCAUCGUAAUCCUAACUACUCUGUCAGGUUGAGUCCAAUCUGUUGUAAACUACCAGAAAGUGGGAUUGAGGAGAACCCCACCACCACUAGCAAGAGACCCCCUAAGAGUAAGGACAGGAUGGAGGAGUACAAUAUUGCUAUGAAGAGAAUGAUGAGGAACCCUUAUGAGUACCACCAUGAUCUGGGUAUGAAUUACACUCUUGUAACGGACAACUUGAUUGUGGGCUCCCAACCGCAGAAACCCAAAGACAUAGAUCACCUAAAAAAGGAAGAGGGUGUGGCAUACAUUCUAAACUUGCAACAGGAUAAGGAUGUUGAGUAUUGGGGAAUAGACUUGCAGUCUAUAAUAAGAAGGUGUCAUGAACUUGAAAUUAGCCACAUGAGGAGACCGGCAAAAGACUUUGAUCCAGACUCCUUGCGAAGUGAACUACCUAAAGCAGUCUCAUCCUUAGAAUGGGCAAUUUCUGAGGGAAAAGGAAGAGUUUAUGUACAUUGUACAGCUGGACUCGGAAGAGCACCAGCGGUGACAAUUGCUUAUUUGUUCUGGUUUUGUGUCAUGAAUCUAAACACAGCAUAUGAUAUGCUAACUUCAAAGAGACCUUGUGGACCGAAUAAAAGAGCAAUACGUGGAGCUACUUAUGAUUUGGCUAAGAAUGAUCCAUGGAAGGAGCCAUUUGAGAAUCUUCCAGAAUAUGCAUUUGAGGAUAUAGCUGACUGGGAAAGAAACUUGAUUCAAAAUCGUGUCCGUUCCCUUCGUGGAACUUGACAACUUAGGUUUCUACAUAGAUUGAAAACCGUUCAAGGAUGGUUCGAGGUGCCAUGAUACUGCUCAAGAUUGGAGAUUUUUUCAAGUAUAUCCAUUCAUACUGAUAUGGGCAUAUAGCUAAUAAAGUGUAGAAAUAUUCGGUAUAGUAUAGAGUGGUAAAUAAUCAAUUUUGCUAAUAAUAUGCAGCAUAAUUGUAUACUUAAUAUCUGAGAAUGCAGAAUGCUUAUAUGAGAAGGCAAAAUGUUUAUUUGAUUUUUUUUA